AUGGGGCUUCUUGGAAUUGGACAAACAAUUAUCCUUUUGUGCGUUAUAGUUCCAUGUUUGGGCAGCAGUAGUGAUGAUAAAGCCACCAUAAACAUUACACCAAAAAUUUAUUCCAAUAUCUUUGUGCGAAAAAGAGAGGAGCAUCGCCUUGUGCGGAAUCAUCUGCGAGCAACUGAAAGCUAUGAGAAGCAAUUUGCAUUACUGAAGCUGGCUUAUGAAAAGAUUCUACAAAUAAUACAGGAAAGUCGCCAAGUAGUGAGCGAAGAUUCCGUAGGCAAGGAACUUCCGACUAAUCAGACUGAGAUGGAAGCUCUCUUUCUUCUUCUAGAAAACACCUGUUUAUUCGGCGACCUUGUCCUCCACAUGCCAGACAUUUCAUACAGAGUAUUGGAGAAGAUGCCAAAGUGGAGAGAAAUCAUUGCAUGGGCGUGGAAAAUGACGAUGCAACAUGAAAAUGUGAUUGAUGAAAGAACAAUUGAAAUGCUCAAUUUAUUCAAUCAGGAAAUUAAUGAAGACCAACGUUCCGAGGAUUUUGUGAAUCCCUACCGACAUAGCGGUGCCAACGAAGCUACGCCAGAGAAGCCAAAAGAGACCAAGAAAGUGCGGAAGAAGCUGAAAAAAGGACCCCAACUAGCCGGUGGACAUAGACAUAAUGAAUUAUAAAACAUAACAUACAUAAUAUUAUUUAUUUAAUCUAAA